CGACUGGUUUGCACCUGUUCAUUUUGCUGCACCACGACUCCUCUCUCUCUCUCUCUCUCUCUCUCUCUCUCUCUGCAUCUCCAUGUACUUUGGGUCAAAUAAAAUUCUAACAGAAUCUCUCUUGCGAUUACAUUGAAAAAUUUAUCCGACGGCUGCUAGCAGCGACUGUUUGCACCUGUUCAUUUUGCUGCACCACGAGUCCUCUCUCUUUCUCUCUGCAUCUCCAUGUACUUUGGGUCAAAUAAAAUUCCAACAGAAUCUCUCUCUUGCCACUCCAUCAUCAAUCUGUACAUCUCUCUUUUGGGUUUUGAGGGUAAAAAUCCAUGAGAGUAAGUAAUGCAGGUGAAACUGGGACAAUCAUUUCCUACCCGUUUUCCCAAUCUUCACAAUCUUGGAUUUUGAGCUGGUUUUGAGCUUUCUGUGGUGACAAAAAAGAACCCAGAUUGUUUCAAAAAAAAAAAAAAAAAGAACCCAGAUUGGGAAAGUUGGCAUUUUGGUUCUUUGUUUUGUGUUUGUAGGGCCAAAAUGUUUCAGUUUUGGGGGGUGAUCAGAAAAUCCCAGAUCAUUAAUUGGUGGGUUUUAUUAACCUAUUAAUUUUAUGUUGGUGUUAAAAGCUCCAGUGUUGCUGUUGCUUCUGCUGCUGCCGCCCCCACCUCCUGCCUCCGUUACCAGAUAGCUUGUACCUCCUUUUACAGCAAAAAAUAAAAAAAAUUAAGCAAAUCAAAUUCUUUGAUUUUCAUAAGAUAUUGUUUGCUUUUUUUUUAUUUUUAGUGUUUUUUUUUCUUGAAAGUGAGUGUUGUGAUUCUGUACAAAAAGGGAAACUCAUCUAAUACUGGUCCAAGUGAUGGUCCUUAUUACUUUCUAUUAACCAGGUUUUUUUUUUUUUUUGUAUUUUUGAUAAUAAUAAUAAGCAUUAGCUGCUCCACCUUCCUCUCUGGAGUACCAUUUUAGAACCAAAUCUUCUCUGAAAUUUCCAAUCUUGGGGGCUGUUUCUGCUUCAGUAAGAUCAUGCUGCUGCCUCUGAGAGUCAAACCCGAUAUCGGUUCUUAGUGUAUGAGAAAUACCAUCAAGAAUUUGAGCUAAAACGCCAGCUCUUCUGAGUCUUUUGACAAAAGAGCAGAAACCAAUAUAUUUGGGUUCUGCUGCUUGGAAGUGAAUAAUCAAAGGGAGAUUUUAUCUGCAUCUGGUGGUGUUUGAGUGGGGUUUAUUUCAAUUUCCAAAGUCAAAGUUUUAAGCUUUGCAUAUGGCGGUGUCUGAGAACCUGAGAAAACAGCUUGCUCUUUCUGUGAGAAGUAUCCAGUGGAGCUAUGGAAUUUUCUGGUCCAUUUCAGCCAGACAACCAGGGGUGUUAGAGUGGGGCGAUGGGUACUACAAUGGAGAUAUAAAGACCAGAAAAACAGUUCAAGCCGUAGAGCUUGAUGCUGACCAAAUGGGUUUGCAAAGGAGUGAGCAACUGAGAGAACUUUAUGAUUCCCUCUCAGCGGGCGAAGCAAGUCCGCAGGCUAGAAGGCCUUCUGCAUCAUUAUCACCCGAAGAUCUGGCUGAUACUGAGUGGUAUUACCUAGUUUGUAUGUCGUUCGUCUUCAACAUUGGCCAAGGGUUGCCAGGAAGAACAUUAGCAAAUGGCAAACCUACCUGGCUAUGCAAUGCUCACUACGUGGAUAGUAAAGUGUUUUCUCGUUCACUACUAGCAAAGUUUGCUCAGAGUGAAGAACUAAAACAUCUGUUUUCUGUUUGGUUUUCUUUUGAUGCCUGGAUUUGUACCUGUCACCCUCAGAGCGCAUCCAUUCAGACUGUUGUAUGCUUUCCAUUUUUGGGAGGAGUGAUCGAGCUCGGUGUGACUGAACUGGUUCUAGAGGACCCUAGUCUCAUUCAGCAUGUUAAAACAUCUUUCAUGGAGGCUCCAUAUCCCAUAAUCGCUUCCAAGAGAACCAAUCCUAGUGCAGGAAGCACAAGAAACGACAAUGAUCUUGCUUGUGCCAUGCUUGAUGAUGGUAUAGUCAACACCAAAUUAAUUCCUGUUGUAGAGUGUCAAGAAAUGGAUGUGACUUCACCUGAUGACAAUUCAAAUGGUUUGGGUCCUAAUCAACCGGCUGAUGAUUCAUUCAUGGUGGAAGGGAUGAACGGAGGAGCUUCCCAAGUGCAAAGCUGGCAAUUUAUGGACGAUGAGUUAAGUAAUUUUGUGCACCAUUCCAUGGAUUCCAGUGAUUGUAUAUCUCAGACUUUGGUGUAUCCGGAAAAGGUUCUCUCUGGUCCUAAGACUGAACAGGCAAAUGAUCACUGCCCGCAUGAACAUAAAGAGUGCAAUAGCACUAAAAAGACCUCUUUGGAUCCUCAAGGCAAUGACUUGCAGUAUAAAAGUGUUCUUUCUGCUCUUUUGAAGAGCUCACACCAAUUGGUUUUGGGGCCACACUUCAAGAAUUCUCAUCAGGAAUCCAGCUUUACCAGUUGGAAGAGAGGAGGGUUUGUAAAAUGCCUGACACAAAGAGGUGGAACCCCGCAAAAAUUAUUGAAGAAGAUUUUGCUUGAAGUUCCUCAGAUGCAUGUUGACUGUGUGCUUGAGCCCCCAGAAGAUACCAGCAAUGUAAAUGGAGUUUGUAGACCAGAGGCUGAUGAUAUUGAUACAAAUCAUGCAUUAUCUGAUGAGAGGAGGCGGAGGGAAAGACUGAAUGAAAGAUUUUGCAUUUUGAAAUCAAUGGUUCCCUCGGUUAGCAAGGAGGACGAGGUAUCCAUUUUAGAUGAUGCAAUAGAGCAUUUGAAAGAUCUUGAGAAAAGGGUUGAAGAGUUGGAAUCGUUUUGGGAGCCAACAAAUUCAUACUCAAAAAUGAAGAGGAAACUCCAAGAUACAGUUGAGAGAACAUCUGACAACUGUUGCAACCCCAAAAUUAGCAAUGGGAAGAAGCCUAUAGUUUACAAGAGGAAGGUCAGCAACGUUGAUGAAACAGAACCAGAAAUCAAUCACAUUGUAUCGAAGAACAUUUCAAGUGAUAAUAUAACAGUUAAUAUGAACAACAAAGAUGUUCUAAUAGAGAUGAAGUUUCCUUGGAGGGAGGGAGUGUUGCUAGAGAUCAUGGAUGCCACAAGCCGGCUUCAUUUAGAUGCUCACUCGGUUCAAUCAUCCACCGCGGAUGGAAUUCUUUCCCUGACCAUUAAAUCCAGGUUCAAGGGGACGAGUAUUGCAUCAGCAGGGACAAUCAAGCAAGCACUUCAUAGAAUUGCCAGAAGCUGACGAAUCUCGCUUUCUUAAUUUUCUCUCGAAUUCUGUUAUUGUACAAUUGCGUAACGAUGAAAGGUUCUGUAGAUUUACAGUGUAAGAAACGCGAGCCUCACUGAGGAUUUUGUUUUCCUGCAGGUAGUAGUAGUCUAGUGAAAGGAAUUAGAACUUGUGUUACAUGCAUAAUUUUCUCCCAAGUAUUUAUUUAUGUGAUGACAGAAACAAGCAUUAUUGUUA